CUUGCAUUGUAGUCUGAUUUCAAUAGUACAGAAAAAUUGCAACUAAACACUGUAUCAGUUAAUAAGUGAAUCAUAAUUGAACAAAAGUUAACAGUUAAGUCAACGAAACUAAUCUUAAAGUAAAACGUCUAACAGUUAUCCGUAAAAUUUUGCCGAGUCAUGGCUGAGAAUCAAUACGGAACUAGUGAUCCGAUACAAACUGAUGAACCAGUUUUGGCAAAAUAUCCAUUCGAUACGCCCGACGCUCCCGGAGUUCCUAAAGCUAUUGACACGAGUGACGAUUCGGUUACACUUAAGUGGACUAAACCUCGCAAUGACGGCGGAUCCCCAAUUACUGGGUAUGUCCUCGAAAAGCGGAAGGUUGGCGAUAAAGACUGGACUCGCAGUCACGUCGGCAUUAUAGCUGACCUCACUUACAAAGUUUCAGGACUUGAAAACAAUGAGGAAUAUGAGUUCCGAGUGGCCGCACAAAAUGCCGCCGGUCAGGGGGCUUUCAGUUAUGCCUCCGAUGCCAUUAUUGCUCACCGACCGCCAACAGCACCCAAAAUCGAUGCCGACUUUACAGUGAAAGACAUUAUUUUAAUGGCUGGCGAACAGUUCAGACUUAGAAUACCAUUUAGUGGUUCGCCGACACCGAAGGUUGAAUGGACUGCAAACGGAACCGUUAUUUUGCCGGACGAUAGAGUGACCUCAGAAGUGAACGAGUGUUUCACAAUUUUGCUCAACAGAAAAGCCAAACGCAAAGACGGCGGCAAAUGUGGCGUCAAAUUGACUAACACUGAGGGAAGUGAUUCACCCUUCUGUAAAGUACUGGUCGUUGACGUUCCCGGUGUACCUCAAGGACCGCUUGAAGUGAUUGAUGUGACGCCUGAGACCUGCUCUUUGACGUGGGAACCACCGCUCGAUGACGGGGGCAGUCCUAUCACUAAUUACAUCAUCGAAAAACAGGACCAAACAACUAAACAAUGGAUUAAAGUGAGCGCUUUUGUACGCAAAUGUCAUUACGAAGUGAUUGGUUUGGAACCAAACAAAGUCUAUCACUUCCGAGUAAGUGCUGAGAACCAGUACGGCGUCAGUAAACCACUUGAAACGGAUCGACCCAUUACUGCUAAGUUUCUGCUCAACACUCCCGACGCACCCGGAAAACCAACGAUCACUGAUUCCACCAAAAAUACGGCGAGUCUUAGUUGGGAACGACCGUACAGUGACGGCGGUUUCAAAAUACAGGGCUAUUGUGUGGAAUACAAGGAACCGACUGAUAGUAGAUGGCUUAUUGGCAAUGAAUUUCUUGUCAAGGACACCAACUUUACAAUCUGUGGACUCAUUGAAGGCAAAGAGUAUGAGUUCCGUAUUAAAGCCAAGAACGCCGCCGGUUGGGGUAAACCGAGUCCGCCGUCGGCCACAUUCAGAAUGAAGGGUAAGGGAGCCGAACCAUCGCCGCCGCAGAAUCUUCACGUCAAGAAGGUUGGUAAAACAUAUGUCGACCUCAAGUGGGAACCGCCGAGAAGUGACGGCGGAUCCAAGAUUACUGGUUACGUUGUCGAACGUAAAGAACAUAACAGCAGUUAUUGGAUAAAAGUUAAUGAAUACGGAUGUCUUGAUUGUGAACAUACUGUUCUCAACCUGACCACUGAUAAUGAGUAUGACUUCAGAGUCAGUGCCGUCAACAGCUCCGGUAAGAGUGAGACGUGUCUUAUGAGUACAUCAGUCAAAGAACAGAAGAUCACCGGCAGAGCCAAACCAGAGUUUGUACGCAAACUAUUCAACAAAACACUACUCUUAAGAAAACCGGUGCCCACAAGCAGAUGGUUCCGCAACGGCAGAGAACUUCACACCAGAAGAAUCAGAUCAGUCGAUACUGAAGAAGGAGUUUUUAAAUUAAUAUUUUCCGAAGUCUUGGGUACAGACGAAGGCGACUACACUUGUGAAGCGGUCAACGCUUUGGGCACCGAUAGGUGCAGUGCUUCGGUGACUAUUGCAGCGCCGCCUCAAAUCAUUAAGUGUCCGAAUGAAGUGUAUUUCCCAGAAAAAGACAACUCAAAGAUCAAGAUAUAUCUCUCGGGUUUGUCUCCAUUCGAUGUCUCGCUAUAUAAGGACGGACUCGAAGUCAAAGAAUCGGAUCACUUGCGGUUCACUGUAUUCAACGAAUAUUUGAUUGUAUUUUUCAAAGAUGUCAACAAAUCGGAUGAAACGAAGUAUAAGAUUAUGGUUAAGAACGACUCCGGACAGACUGACGCCAUAGUUCAGGUGUUUGUCAAUGAACUGCUUGGUAAGCCAACCGGUCCUCUGGAUGUCACUGAUAUCAACAAGAGUUCGGCGACUAUUUCGUGGAAACCACCUAAAUAUGACGACGGAUGUAAAACAACACAUUAUAUCAUUGAACGAAAAGAGACGAUACAUAAUCAAUGGGUUGCGGCUACCUCUUUCUGUAAGGACACCACUUUUACGUGUCAGGGAUUGAAUAAGGGCGGAGAGUAUCUCUUCAGAGUUAUGGCCGUCAACGAGAACGGACAAAGCGAACCAUUAGUCGGCAAAAAUCCUAUCGUUGCUAAACCACCCUACGAUAAGCCGUCGGCACCGGGAGUACCAAAUAAAACCGAUAUUAGCGGCGAUUUUGUUAACCUUCAUUGGGAGAAACCACAAUCGGAUGGCGGAUUUAGAAUUCAGAGCUAUAUUGUCGAGAAACGAGAGACAGGAUCGGAAACCUGGCAAAGAGUUAACGUUGCGUACUGUCCUUCAACACAAAUCAAUAUAAUUAAUCUAAUCAAAGACCGACAGUACGAGUUCAAAGUAUUUGCCGUCAACGAUGCCGGCCUCUGUCCUUCCUUACAGAACACCGGAUACAUUAAAAUCAAAAACUUAAGAAUCACUCAUCCAGUGUUUAUUAUUGUACAAAAAAAAAUGAUGGCCGUCGAGAAUAAAAACACAAUAUUUACUUGUACUGUAAUGGGUGUUCCCAAACCAGCAAUUACGUCGUUUAAAGGAGUCGAAGAGUUAUAUGACAGCGGAAAGUAUAGUAUGAUUAAAGACGGGGACACUUAUACAUUAACCAUAUUUGAAGUUUUCGGAAAAGACGCCGAUGAAAAAAAGAUUGAAAUCGGCGAUCACUUUGAAGUCGAAGUUAGGGAAAGGCACGCAAUUCUAACAACACAAGGGGUAUCCAAACUGGACUCCGGCCCCUACAAUACGACCUCUAAGCAUGAGCUGGGUAUUGACUCGAAAGUUAUUAAAAUGCAAAUCAGUGACUGUCCGGAUUUGCCGCGAUUCCCAAUUGUCGAACUGGUAGGCGACGACUUCGUGACCCUCUCAUGGAAGGCACCCCUGUGGGACGGGGGCUCAACCAUCACUAACUAUAUUAAUGAGAAAAGGGAACCAACAAUAGAUAGUUGGGUCCUAUGCGGAACCACCAGGUUUUUGAUGCAUCAGAUAACAGGACUUAACCCCAAUCGCGACUAUGUAUUCCGAGUGUUCGCCGAAAAUAUGUUCGGAAAGAGUGGACCGUCGGAAAAGACACAGAAAAUCACGACCAAACCAUCAGAAAAGGAUAGACGACGUAAAGGUUGUCAAACGGACGACUCGGGUCGUAGAAUACGUGGAAAAGAAGAAAUGAACAAAGAAUCAGUUGCCGUUAAAAAGUCAACUAAAGAGGAGGAAUCCAUUACUGUUAAAAACACUGUCGAAGACAAAACAAAACAAUCGAUUAUUAAAAAAGACGUGAUAGAAGAAAAAAGAAAGGGCUCUAUUGUUAUUGAAGAACCAAAGAAAAAGUUAUCACUGAAGAAAUCUCGCAAAAAAACUCCACAACCGACCGAUACCGGAGCGAAACAGAAGACCACUAAAGAGGUCAAAGAAAAUGAAAUGGAAAUCAAAAAGACAACUAUAAUCGAUGACAAAAGAAAGGAUUCAAUUACUGUUGAAAAACCGAAAAAACGACUUUCAAUUGAGAAAUCACGUGAAAAGACGCCGACAGAUAAUGGAGUCAAACAAUUACAAAAAGAUGAUAUCGGAGAGUAUAGUGUGGCAUCGGAUAAGGGUAUUGAAUGCAGUUGUAAUGUGGAAGUCAAAGAGGUAGAGAAGAAACCGGAGCUACGAUUAACACAAACUGACUAUCAGGUAGACGCUAACCAUCUGUUCAGUAUAGAGAUUACGUACAAAGUUCAAGGAACCCGUACUUCUAAUGUUUUACCGAAACUGAUGCGCAAUGGAGAGCCUGUCAGUACUAAAGAUGUUGAUACUGUUAUAAAAGAAGACAAAAUUAUAAUAACAUUUAAGAAACCGACGCGUGAGAGCUCAGGUCCGUAUGAUUUCAGUUUAGGCAACAGUCAGGGCGAGUCUAAGACACCGCUUAAGUUUAACUUUGUGGACGUGCCGUCACCUCCAGAGGGAUCGUUGGAUGUGACCGAUGUGUUCCGCGAUCGCUGCAAACUGGCGUGGAAUCCAACCAAAGAUACUGGAGGUCUACCUCCAUUGUAUUAUGUCGUCGAACGACAAGAUUUAUCAAUGAGAGGCGGUUGGGUUGAAGUGGGAACCACUCCCGACUGCAAUAUGGAUGUCACAGAUUUGGCGCAUAAGAAAGAGUAUAAAUUCCGUGUCCGUGCCGUCAACAAGAAGUGUGCGUCCGAACCAUUGACUGCACCGAAAACUUAUUUGGCAGAAGAUCCGUACGACGAACCAUCCAAACCUAAAGGCGUGGAGAUUGUCGACUGGGAUAGGGAUCACGUGGACCUCAAAUGGAAAGCACCCGAAAAAGAUGGAGGAGCACCCAUUGAAAAAUAUAUUGUUGAAUCAAAUGAUAAACUCUCAGCCGAUUGGGUCACAGCACUGGAAGUGUCAGGCAAUCAAUUAGAAGGAAAAGUAGUUCCGCCAGCUAUUAAAGAGGGCCAACAAUACCAGUUCCGAGUUCGAGCCAUCAAUAAGGCCGGUCCUUCCGAACCCAGUGAUCCGACUAAAAACUUGAUAGUAAAGGCACGGUUUGUCAAACCUUUUAUUAUUGGUGACGAUCUCAAGAAUUUGGUGGUCAAGAAGGGCGCUAUUAUUAAGUAUGAUAUUCAGUACAGCGGAGAACCGGCACCUGAGGUCAAGUGGGCUAUCAAUUGCGUGGAUAUCAAGCAAUCGAGUCGUAUAUCAAUUGAAAACACACCAAAAAAUACAUUAUUACUGAUAAAACAAGCCGUGAGAGCAGAUUCCGGCAAAUUUACAUUGACUUUGACUAACGGUUCCGGCACUAUAUCCAAAUGUGCUGAUGUAGUAGUUCUCGAUAAGCCUACUCCUCCUGAGGGCCCACUUGUUGUUGAAGUGGUAUUCACCGAGUCGGCUAAACUCAAAUGGAAACAACCAAAAGAUUUGGGCAGAUCUGAACUCAAGGGAUACCAAAUCGAGAAAAUGGAUGUCGACAGCGGUCGGUGGGUACCGGUUGGUGAAGUCGGACCCAAUGCCAACAGUUUUAAAUGUGAAGGUCUAACCAAAGUCAAGAAAUAUAAAUUUAGAGUUAAAGCCAUCAAUAAAGAGGGAGAGUCUGAACCGCUAGAAACAGACGGACCCAUUGUGGCGAAGAAUCCAUUAGAAGAACCAUCGAAACCAGGAAAACCAGAAGUUGUUGACUACGAUAAUACAAAAGUUGACCUCAAAUGGACAGCGCCUGAAAAAGACGGCGGAAGACCUGUUGAGUGUUAUAUCGUUGAAAUAAAAGUCAAGUUUUGCAACGACUGGAAAGAAGUGCUUCGAACACCUUAUGCCAAACCAGAAGUCUCUGUUAAGGGACUCAAAGAGAACUCAUCCGUUCAGUUCAAGGUUAAGGGCGUCAAUAUUGCCGGUCCGGGAGAGCCCAGUGAAGCCACUGAACCACAUGUUGUAAAAGACAGAAACCAAAAGCCAUAUAUUGAUAGAACUAAUCUGAAGAAUACAACCAUCAAAGCGGGUCGUUCUAACAUAUAUGAUGACGACAGAGGUGAACCGCCGACGACUGUUGUCAAGACUUUCAGUAACGACAGCAUCAAACUAUCGGACGAUUUGAACAUUAAGAUCGAGAAUAUUGACUAUCACUCGGAACUGACUGUAUCAAAAGCUACGCGAGAGCAGUCGGGAAAGUAUAAGACUACGGCUACCAAUAGAAACGUUAGCGAUUCGGUUGAAGUCGAACUCACAGUACUGGCCGCUCCUUCUAGACCUGAAGGACCUCUUGAGGUGACUGAUGUACACAAGGAGGGCUGUAAAUUGAAACGGAAACCAUACGAUGACGGAGGAACUCCUAUUGAAUGCUAUGAAGUGAAGAAAAUGGAUGAAGAAACUGGUCGAUGGGUUCCGUGCGGUAAAACUAAGGAUUGUCAGAUGCAAGUGUCAAAUUUGGUUCCCGAAAGAAAAUAUAAGUUGCAGGCCGUCAAAAAAAAAGGCGACUUAGAAGAACUCGAAACGGAUCACUCGACAGUGACUGAGAAUACGUUUGAUGAUCCGCCGAAACCGGAACGAAACGAACCACUUAAUACUUAUGAAAAAAGGAAAUAUAUCGUUAAAAAUACAAAAAUACCUCAAUUAGACGGCUACAACGGUGAUGACAGUGAUAAUCCUACAAUAUUGACACAACCAGAUGAAAACCCGGCCAAACGAAAAAGAGAAGAAGAAAAUCCAAUAGUAGACGAAAACAAAAUUUUGUCUAAAAGACAAAAUUUAUGCAAUGUAUUGGAUAAGGUGCUACAAUCGACAAUACCCGUCGACACAGAUACUAAACCCUCAACAACUAGCGUCGAUGUCAGCAUUCCAAGAAUUGCUAACUCAAGUAAUCAAGUCGUGUCCAAAACAAUAACGAAUAAUAAUCGAUUUUCAAAUCCUCAAAGAAAAAUUCUAAAAGAAUUUUACGAUACCAACGCAUACCCGUCGUCGGUCGAUUAUGAUUACUUAUCCAAACUACUGAAUCGUAGCCGAAAAUCGAUUAGCAGUUGGUUUAGAAGCACCAGAUAUAAAGUCCGCAAUAUUAAUAAAACAGCGGGAAAUAAAAUCCAAUCAGAAGACAACCAUCUGGCAAAUGGUGCUGAACAAGUCAAUUGUCUAAACUCCAGCCAGAAUAGCGAUAAUAAUAUCCACACGCAACCAACUAAUGACACGACACAACAGGGAAGUCAAUUCAUUGAAGUCAAUGGCGAACGACACACAAUUGUAUCAUUGGCCCAAAACCCGGAGAACCACGAGUUUCUCCUAAUCCUAAGACGAGCAAGUGGCGAACACUUUGGCAUUCAUGCUGAAAGGGUUAGACCAACCGUCGAUGCGAUUGAGUCAAUAUUGGUAACUGAAACCAUAGACAUCAGCUCCUCUGCAAUUAAAACCGAUAAAAAUAAUACAUUGACCACCACAUCAGAAACAACUACUAGUAGUCAAUCGGCUAGUAAGUCACUAACUAGUAUUGAUACCAAAUUGGUUCAACCCUCCGAAUCAAUCUCGUCACCAAUUGAAGUAGAAGAUAGUGAAGAAGUGAUUACUAAGAAAGUAGACACAAUUAAAGACACCGGCGUCGCCGGCUUAUCUCCUAAGCAGAUAGAGCAAUUGAAUUGUGAUAUUCAAGUAUCCUGUUUAAGAAAGAAAACUGUACUCAUUGACAAAUUGAGAUGUCUAUGGGGGCAAAUCACAUACAGUGGCGGAGUGUAUACCAAAGUAGAACCAGAGCUGGUAUCUAGCGAAUCCAUGUCACCAACACCGAAAAUUUCAGAUGAAACUAAACACCAACUACCACUAAAAUUCCCAAUGACUGUCCAACAACUCGAUGACAACACUGUACUUUUAUGUUGGAAGAAAAUUUUAUCAAAAUACGAAAAUGACAACCCCGUAUAUAAUGUGGAGAUUAAGGAUUAUACGCAAGGGGUAUGGACCCACAUAGAAUACUGUGAUUUCCAUAUGACUCACGUUUCCAACAUACGAUAUGGUCGACAAUAUCAAUUCCGGAUGACCACAAAAGACAAACACGGGAAACCAUUUCUCGCAUUAAGCCGACUUUAUCAGUUACCGGAAGAGUACAGACGGUUAGCCAAGAAAAUUACCCAUAAUAAUAAAAUAGAAGCAAAAACAUCAUCUUCUUUUGUGACAACAACAAGAGACGCCGCUACACAGUUCUCUAGUUGCAUUAAACCGGGGAAACCUUUCGUUAGGAAAAUUGAUGACAAACACAUCCGACUGGUGUGGGAGAUGCCGGAGUCAAUGGGCGAUUGUGAAUUCAUAAUUCAAAUGAAACAAGAGGAUCAAGACUUCUGGUCACGAGCUAACUUUGAGAUCCAGAAGAAGCCGUAUUUUAAUUAUCCAAUAAUCGAUUCACGGAUAAAAGUUGAAUUUCGCGUAAUUGCCAUUACCGAAGACGGAGAAACAGAACCGAGUGAGUCAACUGGACUCCUUGGUUGUUAUGUUUCCAACAACGAUGGUUGGGUAGAUGUUGAGUAA